AUGCAACUGGCCAAGCGAAACGCAUACGAAGGACAGAUCCUGUUCUCUCAACCGGACAUCUCUAAUCAACAAUUUCUAGAAAUCCUGCAGACCUAUCAGCGAGAGUCAAAGCCGAUUCAAGACGUUUACAACUUCUACCGCGACCUAAACUGUACUCCAUACUCUAUGCAGUACAUCACCGGCACAGAUCCAUUCAACGAAAAUCCGGGGGAAGACAUGCUGUUCUUCGGCCCACAAUCCGAUACCCCAACGUGGCUGUCGCUUACCGAUUAA